UUCCUGACUUGAAUUCCUCUCAAGGUAGGUGUCAUUCUUCAAUUCCAUCCCAGCGGGAAAUCUCAUUUUCCAAAGAGCCAAAAUAAAAACAUGCUGCUCUAAGUUUUGAUCCAAAACAACUCUAUAUAAAGCCACAAAACUUGCAAGACCUGGACUCCAAAAUUUGCGAUUGUUCUCAUAUUUGAGUUUUCUUCUGCUGCUAAAAAGGUUUUGCAAUCAUUCUUGUCGUUGAGUUUUCUUCUGGGGACCCUCUCUACUACCGCUGAAAAGAUACUAAGCAUUGUCUAUAUCUUUCAUAUACUGAAAAGGACUAUUGUGAGUUUUGAUUACUGCAUUGUAAGUGGGGAGUGUUUAUGUUUCAGAUAUUUAAUCAUUGUUGUAUAAGAAUAUGAAUCUGUUAAUGGAAUAAAUCCAUAAAGUACAUGACUAUGGUUUUCCUUACAAGUUUAGGACGUAAAAUUUUUGAUGGGAGCAAACAAAGUUCAAUACCUAAAUAAAGGCUGAAGGUCCCUUCUCUAUUCAUUAUAUACACACAUACAUUAUUCUCAAACCCCAUUACGAGAGUGUCUAAGGAGAUUGCAUAGAGAAGAAGAGCUUCAAUGGCCACAAGAGUUGAUUUGUGUGGCAAAGAUACAGCCACUGGAGAGGGUGCUGAAACAGGUUUCGAAGCCACUGAGGUUAUGACUCCUCCUACUAAUGAAGAUAAUCAUGUCGAUUUGGAAGGUGAUGACCAAGCAUCAGAAGAUAUUCACAUCAUUGAGAACAUUUCACCGAACCAAGCAAGUUCUCAGAAAAAGAGAAAUGAAGCAACAGUCUCUUCUAGUGUACCUCCUCCAAAGAGAAGAGUUACAACUAAAGAUGUCUUGGGUACUUCUGUGGAUAGAAUGGCUUCAUCUUUUGAAGAACUCAUUCAUGCUACUACAAAAAGUCUUGCCCCGAAAGAUGUAUGGACAGAAAUCAUGGCAAUAACAGAUCUUUCUAGAGAAGAACAAAUAAAAGCAUGCGCUUGGUUUAUAGAGAACGACAAACAAUUUCUCAUGUUGAAGGAAGUCUCAGUGGAAAUGAAAAAAGAUAUGGUGUUGAUGUUUAUUUCAUAUGGAUCUGCAUAGGAUCUCUUGUUAACAUGA